AUGCCCAGUUAUGCCAAGUUCCUUAAAGACAUUUUGAGUAAGAAAAAGAAGCUAACCGAAUAUGAGACCGUAGCCCUUACCGAAGAAUGUAGUGCGCUUCUAACCAACAAAAUACCUCCUAAGCUUAAAGACCCAGAAAUUUUCACUAUUCCUUGUUCUAUAGGUGGAAAGGAGAUUGGUAAAGCCUUGUGUGAUUUUGGUGCUAGCAUCAACCUCAUACCCUUGUCUGUUUUCAACACCUUAGGCAUAGGAGAGGCUAAACCCACCACUGUCACCUUGCAACUGGCCAAUAGAACCAUUGCUUAUCCGAAAGAUAAGAUUGAGGAUGUCUUAGUUCAGGUUGAUAAAUUCAUAUUUUCGGCUGAUUUCAUCAUUCUAGAUUUUGAGGCUGAUAAGGAUAUUCCCAUCAUCUUAGGAAGACCUUUCUUAGCCACUGGUGGAACUUUGAUUGAUGUCCAAAAAGGAGAGCUAACUAUGAGGCUUCAAGACCAAAAAGUCACAUUCAAUGUCUUCAAUUCCUUAAAGUACCCUGAUUACUUGGAGGAAUGCUCAAAAGUUACUGAGAUAGAGACAAUGUGCCAUGAGGAAGGAGUUAGAAAGGCCUGUAAGUUAGAAGAAGAGGAAAGUGUUGAGAUAGGUGAUGAGACUAUUGAGGAUUUAGAAGGUGAUAUCCCAUCUGAUGCUGCAGCAUUUGAGUUGCUGGAUAAUAGUGAGCUUAAGAAUUUUACCCCAUCCAUAAUUUCACCACCUGAUAUGGAGUUAAAGUAA